UUGAAGAACGAUAUAAAUAAUUCAAAACUUACCGACGCUCAGUUGAUGAGAAGUCAUAAUGGAUUGUGGGUUUACGAGAAAGAAAACUUCGAUGUGACUGCAAAUGAAAGCAUUGAAUAUUGGUUGAGCGUUGAGUAUUUCAACUUAGGUUAUUACAUGAACAAAGUUGUCAGAGUUCAAGACAUAAUGCCAGAGGCUGAAUUGAAAACAUUUGGAGACAUGACAACUACAGCACCACUUACCACCCCCGUUUCAAUUCAGACCACAAAGCCAGCAGAUUGCGAAGCUUCUGUCACAACCGUUAAUGGAAAAUCAGUUGGUUGCAAAAAUUCCAUUAUUUUCAAUGAAGAUUUUAAUUCAGAUAACUUGAAACAUUGGAGUUUCGAUACAAGAUUCAGUGACAGCGCGGCGGAUGCCGAAUUUAAUGUUUACGAGAAACGAAAUGAAACUUCAUACAUUCGAGAUGGAAUUUUAGUAUUGAAAAGUGAGUUAAUGACGAAAUUGAAUACGUUUGAUGAUACACGAAUACGAAUCGGAAACUACAAUUUGCAGGAGAGAUGUACACCAAUUUUAACAGGAAAUGAGAGAGAGUGUGAAAGACAAGGAAGUUUUGGUUACAUUCUGCCUCCAGUUACAUCAUCCUAUUUAACAACAAGAAAUAAAUUUUCUUUCAUGUAUGGAAAGGUUCAAAUUCGAUGUCGAGUCGCAAGAGGAGACUGGUUGUAUUCGCAAAUCCUACUGCAGCCUAUAGUUUCUGAGACAACAAGCUUAAACAGCUCAAGGCAUUUAAAAAUUCUUUUUGUUCGUGGAAAUGAAAAUCUUGUUGAUGGUCAAGAUAACGUGGGCGGUUCAAGGGUUUAUGGCGGAGCAGUUUUAUCAAAGAAUGUUAAAAAUAACGAAAAAUGGUUGAAGAGCAAAGAAUUCCCCAACGACCAUCUUGGCAAUGAAUUUCAUGUUUAUGAAUUAUUGUGGACACCAUCACAAAUUUCACUUUCCAUCGAUGGAAAAAGUUAUGGUUCACUGCAAUCAACUUUAAGAGAGUCUGCAAUAGAAGCUAAAAUAAAAUCAGCUGUGAACUGGGCAAACAAUGGCCCAUUCGACAAAGAGCAUUUUCUUUCAAUCAUGGUAGCAGCAGGCAGUGUUAAGAAUUUUUAUUCAAUAAAUUCAAGCAUGGUAAAUGGAGCAGAACAGAAAGAGAAACCCUGGAGUGACACUGAUCCAAGAGCUGAAUACAGCUUCUAUUUAGCUCGCGAUAAAUGGUAUCCCACAUGGAUAAAACCUACCCUUGAGGUAGAUUACAUAAAAAUAUUUUCUGUAUAAUAAAUGUGG